AUGCGUCUGCAGGACGUAGUCUCGCGCUACCCACAGUGCGGGCAUGACGCCGACGAAGCUGAACUCCUUUCCAAGGAACUACGGGCCCUUCACCUCCUCCGAGAGCAUACACAGCACUCUGUUGAACUCGUCGAGUCCCCGGAUUCUUUUGAUGUCGCCGCAAAAUCUGGGACUCCGGAUAAAGGAUCCGCAUUCGACACAAAGGAGAACUCGAAAUUCGAGUCCAUCAAAAUAUUAUACAGGGCUCCUUAA